AUGAACUUCUGCAAUGAGAAACAGUUGUUAAAAACUAUUAAACGUGGAAGCUAUGAUUUAUAUGGACAUUUUUGUCCAAAUACUUCCAUGAAGAUUAGUUUGUUACCAUCUAACUGUACUUCAUUUGUUUAUGAAGUAUUAAAUUUUAAUGUUGAAGUAAAUACUACCAUAUCAACAGAUGAUAAACAUUUUCAUAUAAAUCUUUCCAAACUGCCUCAAGAUGGUAAUUUUGAUGAAACAUUUUACAAGAAUUUGACAAAUUAUGUUACUGUAUUAAAAACAAGUUCAGUGUUUUCUGAGGUUGGAUUAUUUAUGAAUGCAAGCGACAUGAUUUAUCAUAGAAAUAAUUCUAAGGCUCCAGGUUGGCUCGAUUAUGAUAAGUGGUUGAAUAAUAUUAUGGAUUAUUAUAUAAUUAGUUUUGAUAAAUUUAAUCCAUGUAAUAACCAGUUUAAAACUGGAAUCGUACCAUUAGAUAACAGUGAUGCUCAGACCAAUAAUACCUUGAUGAAAUUUCAAAAUGUUUUAAAUGACUCAAAAAUGGCAGAAGACAAAAUUUAUCUUGAAUUUUCAUUGAGCCCAACCGUAAAUGACACAAAUACUGAAACUCUACCCACAUGUUACGUGACAUAUAAAAAAUUAUGUGAACUUGGCAACUAUACUUUUUACUGGUGUGCUGAUAAUGCUGAUGCACUUUUUUCAAAAGGUAAAUUUGCAAGAGACAUAAAAGCAAAAGGAAUAGUAGCAAAAUAUAUCGAUACAAGUGAUCCAACUGGAAAUUGUGGUUGUGAUAAUCAAAAUCAGUUUAUUACUUAUUCAAUGAUUUUCCGUGGUUUUUUAAAUCAAACUCCUUUCACAGACUGUGAGAAAUUUAAUAAUGCCACUAUUCAAUUAGUAAAUAUAAUUUUACAUUUUAACCCUUUGUAGUAGACCAUUCAUAAAUGAUGAUAACAAUUUAAUUUUUUGUACAAUUAUUAUUUAUUAUUUUUUUGAUCAAUUUAAAUGUUAUAAUAUUUAAAAUUGGAGGUUAUUUAAUAUAUUUUUGAGGAGUGGGAUAAAUAAGUCCUAUUGGUCACUUAAAAGUCCCUAUGGUCCGUUACAUCACUACUAUUUUCUUAUUUCCAAUGAUAAAUAAGUAAUAAUUAAUUUAAAUUUAAUUAAUUAAUUAAUUAAAAGUAUAAUGUCUA